AUAUAAAGACUUUUAUGCGCGCUGUUAUGGGUUCGGGCCACUCGAAACCUCUCAAACUAAAUGUGAUUGAGAGUGUUAAUGCGCAGUGCUGACAUGUGCCUUUAGGCGUCCGACUCGCUGGUUUUACGCAAUAAACUGACCUGGGCGCGUUCACCACGAUCAGCGCUUUUACGCGUCAUUGCGCAUAACCACCUGCUCCGCUGUUUGACAGAAAUGCAACUUUUCCCGCCAGGUUGGAUUUGGGGCAUUUGUAGCAAUCGCCGUUCCGGGGAAUUACAUCAAGUAUAUGAUCGAAUGACGACGGUAAAAGUAUUUUAGAGCCAUUCCGCUGCAGCGCCGUAAAGAAAGUGGCAGUGGGCGGGGCUUGUCCUCUGUCAGACUGAGAGAAAACGCAUGGGAGCAGAAGCAUGGUAAACAGAGUGAGGAGGAGGGUAAAGUUAAUGGAGAGCGCACUGAUUCGUGAACCGCUGGCGUGUUUUGGAGACAUCGCGUAAGUUGAUGUUCGUCCGCGCACUUUCCUGGAUCUCACGCGUUUGGUUUAUCUCUGAAGACAUGGAGUGAAGCGUUUUGCGCACCGGCCAGGAAGGAUGCCCGAGCGAAGAUGUGCUCCAGCCGGAAGAUCAUCUGGAGUUUGUUGGUUCUGUCGGUGCUGGAGAUAGGGCUCGGGGUGUCCAGCAUCGCCCUGGGCGCGGUGGGCAUCUGCCGGGCCAAAGCGGAGCACAAGACCCAGCAGGGCGACGCUUCUCCGGUAUGGAGCGGAGUGUGUUUUCUCAUCUGUGGGCUGUGUGGCAUGCUGUGUGCACGGAAAAGAACAGGACUGAUUAUGAUAUUAUUUUCCUCCUGUUGCAUUUGUGGGUUAAUCGGCGGGAUCCUGAACUUCCAGUUUGUCCGUGCACUGGUCAAGCGUCCAGACGCCAUGCGCUCCCUUCAUUUGGCCGUCAUGUCCCUGGCGUGUCUGGGCAUCAGCAGCUGCACGCUGUCCACGUGGCUGACCUGCAGGCUGGCCAGCAGCGAACAGCAGCGCAUGUUUCUGGAGAGAGAACAUUCACUGCAUCACUCGCACGAAAUGGCAGAGAAGGUACGCCAGGAGCUGGAGGUUUUGGAUAACACCAGCAAUGGCAUCUCUCAAAUCUCCUACAACGGCCGGAGCGCCUCGCCGUGACAGCUCGCUGCCCACUCGCUCUUCCACCUGAUUGGCUGAGUCAGGCUGACAGUUCUUUCACUCUGAUUGGCUGAGUCGAGCUGACAGCAGAAGCGCAGACGGCGUUCGUAGGACAUCCUGUAGACAGAGCGUCAGAUAACAGUAUUGAGCAGACAGACAGCCAAUCAGUGUCCGGUUACCUGAUGACCUCCGGAGAGGUCAGAGCUGAUGACCUUCACGACCAGCGUUCACAAAAACAGAUAUCUGAGUACGACAUAAGCAUGCAGGCGAUCUUCCGUCUCUUUCUGUAUCUCUUUCUCUCUCCCUGUAUGUAGAUGAAGGGAACGUUAAAUCUGAAAUUGUAAUCCUGAUAUUGUACGGUAUACUGAAUGCUUUUAUCCUGAUCGUAAACAUGCACACUGUAAAAUGCCUGUAAAAAUAUUUAUUAAUUUACAGUAUUUUUAUAUAGAGGCUUCAUAAAAAAAAAAAAUAAAUAAA